AUGCAGUAUUCCCACCACUGUGAGCACCUUUUAGAGAGACUGAACAAGCAGCGGGAAGCCGGCUUUCUUUGUGACUGCACCGUCGUCAUCGGCGAAUUCCAGUUCAAAGCACACAGGAACGUGCUCGCCUCUUUCAGCGAGUACUUCGGGGCGUUUUACAGGGAUGCGUCUGACAAUAACGUUGUUCUGGAUCAGACUCAAGUAAAAGCUGAUGGAUUCCAAAAACUCCUGGAAUUUAUUUAUACAGGAAGCUUAAACCUUGACAGCUGGAAUGUUAAAGAAAUUCACCAGGCUGCCGACUAUCUCAAAGUGGAAGAAGUGGUCACUAAAUGCAAAAUCAAGAUGGAGGAUUUUGCCUUUAUUGCUAAUCCCUCUUCUACAGAGACAUCGAGUAUCACUGGAAACGUUGAAAUGAAUCAGCAGACUUGCCUUCUGACUCUCCGUGAUUACAAUGAUCAGGAGAAAGCCGACGCUGCUUCUGCCGAGUUGGUCCCACCGCAGGCAAAGAAAGCGGCUUUAGAAAAGAAAUCUCCUCAACCCAAAAAGCGAAAGAAGAAUUUCAGCUCCCCCAAGAGCCUCCAGAACAAAUCCGUACAACACCAGAGCGAGGCGGCCGACAACCCAUCCCUCGAGAUGUUUUUAGACGCGAACAAGCUGGCCACCCAGAUCACGGAACAGGCCGCCCAAGGCGGCGACAGCUCUGAGCUUCAGCUGGCGGCUGUGGUGGAAAGCGAAACGCUGGCGGCGCAGGACAUCCUGGUUCAGACCCUGGCGGCCAAACAGCAGCGGGGAAAGCCGCAGCAGAGCUGCGCGCUGAAGGAGCGCUGCGUGGCCAACCUAGCCAGCGACAAGAGCACUUACCAGCUGGAAAGUUCGGGAGAAGAGCUGGACCAGAAGUUCUCCAAAGCGAAGCCGGUGUGCAACACCUGCGGGAAGGUCUUCUCAGAAGCCAGCAGCCUCCGGAGACACAUGAGGAUACACAAAGGCGUGAAACCGUACGUGUGCCAGCUCUGCGGGAAGGCAUUCACCCAGUGCAACCAGUUGAAAACACAUGUAAGGACUCACACAGGGGAGAAGCCAUACAAGUGUGAACUGUGCGACAAAGGCUUUGCUCAGAAGUGCCAGUUGGUGUUCCACAGUCGGAUGCACCACGGAGAAGAGAAACCGUACAAAUGUGAUGUCUGCAACCUGCAGUUCGCAACUUCCAGCAACCUGAAGAUCCACGCCAGGAAGCACAGCGGUGAGAAGCCCUACGUGUGCGACCGGUGCGGGCAGCGCUUCGCCCAGGCCAGCACGCUCACCUACCACGUGCGGCGCCACACCGGCGAGAAGCCGUACGUGUGCGACAGCUGUGGAAAAGCCUUUGCCGUCUCGAGUUCUCUCAUCACCCACUCCCGAAAACACACAGGAGAGAAGCCAUAUAUCUGUGGCAUUUGUGAAAAGAGUUUUAUUUCCUCUGGAGAGCUCAAUAAACAUUUUCGGUCCCAUACAGGUGAAAGACCAUUUAUCUGUGAAAUGUGUGGAAAUUCUUACACAGAUAUAAAAAAUCUUAAGAAGCACAAAACAAAAGUUCACACAGGAUCUGAGACUCCCCCUGAUUCUACUGCACUGGAUAAUUCUUUCAACGAACAAGAAUCCAUUCAGAGUCAGAAAAGUCCCUUAUCGGAGUCCAUAGAUGUGAAACCCUCCGAGAUGUCUUUAGCACUUCCUCUUCCCAUUGGGACUGAAGACCAUCAGAUGCUGCUUCCCGUGACAGGCAGUCAGUCUCCUUCAUCAGAAACAUUGCUAAGAUCUGCUGUGACCGGGUAUUCAGAACCUCAGUUCAUUUUCUUGCAGCAGUUGUACUGACAGGGCAGCACGGAGCCAUCGAGGCGAUUUGGUGGUGAACUGGGGUACGUUUGGUAAGGUGAACACAAGCAAGCAAGCAGUCACACCUUUUUGAGUUGGACUUGGUCUGGCUUUUUCCUCUCUGUAAAGGCACUUGUAAGGCGUUUCCAUUGUGCAGUGCUGUCUUUCGGGUUUUGUUGAAUUGUGCUAAUCUACAAUCAAGUUCCUGUUUGCAAUUAACGCUGAUUUCCAGGAGACGAUUCCUUUCCAGCAACACCUGCCUUAAGAAUUCUCUGUUAAAUACGUUGAUGU